AUGACUAAAGCAAAAAAAGUUUCUACUCGAAGAGUGACUGUACCUGGUGGUGAAAUUGUUGAUAGAAGACCCCUUACCGCUUUCAAUCGAUCAUCUACAUUUCCUUAUUCUCAAUCCGAUCGUAAUAAAACAAAUGUUACAAGCGAUAAAUAUCAUCAUUGCUCUAAAUGCACAAACGGGGAUGAUAAUGUUAAUUGCUUAAGUGCUAGAAUCAAUCGACUAGAAAAAUUAAUCCAGGGUCUUAAUAUAGCUGUUAGUCCCAAUCCGAAGCCUAAUAAUUCUUCCAAUUUGGUUCCUUCCGCAAAAUCCCCGAUUUUUUUCCAUAAAGCUAUUGAUUUUUCAAAAAUGGAGACUAAUGAAUUG